AUGACACCUACUCUCCUCAUCGUCGGUGCCACAGGUAACACUGGCCGGAGUGUUGCAGAAACCCUCCCGAAGUUGCUUCAAUCAAACAACGUUCUGCCUGAGCACCGCAUUAUUGCUCUUACUCGUUCCUCGGAGAGCCCAGUGGCACAAAAUCUUGCCAAACUUCCGGGAGUUGAAGUGAUAGAGCAGAACUGGGUUGAAAUCAACUCUGACUGGCUCCGUGAGCAUCAAGUAACCAGAGUGUUCAUCGCAUCACACAACGAACCGAAUCAAUUCGCUGAAGAGUCUACAUUCCACGUUGCGGCGCUCAACGCCGGUGUCAAAUAUGUUGUGCGAAUUUCAACAACUGCUGCGAAUGUCCGUCCGGAUUGUAACGCUUAUUAUCCUCGUCAACAUUGGGCGAUCGAGGCUCUCCUGGACUCGCCCGAAUUCGCCAACUUGCAGUGGACUUCACUUCAACCCAACGUCUUUUCGCCUUUCUACCUUUCAACCGCCGCGGAAUUUGUCAAACAGUACCGUAAAACUGGAAAGCAGGGAACACUUCAAAUGAUGGCGUCGAAGGAUGCACCUGUCGGCAUUAUCGACCCUGAUGACGUUGGAGUCUUUGCCGCUCAUCUCUUGUCUCAAAAAGACACCACCGCACACAACAAGGCCAGAUAUGUCCUUAAUGGGCCAGAGGAUAUUACUGGGAAGCAGAUUGUGGACAUGGUCGAGCAGCACAUUGGCACGCAGGUUGAGGAAGUCAGCUAUAAAGACAUGUCAUUCGUCGACUUGCUCUAUGAGCACAUUCACGCACCCAAAAAUCAGUCAAAGAACGUUAUCCUUUCGAUUAAGCACGCCGCAGAGACGGCAUGGGAAGGAGAAUGCUCAGCUUCCACAACCAGCCGAAAUGUACUAGAGCUCGCCCCGCCCAAGCGUACACCUGCUGAGGUGCUGGCGGCCCUUUUGAAAGACUAA